CAUGUUUCACUUUCAAAAUUGUGCGUAACUAAACUAGUUUUCAAGUAUUGGACGUUUGUUUUUCGUGUGGUUACUUGUUUUUGGUGAGAUUAUGUUUCCCCGUCAAAAAGACGUCAAACUUAAAUUCUGACGCUGGACGCCCAUAGUUUUCUUUACCUUGCACGCUGUUGUGCGAAUCAGCCACAUAUUUCUGACCUUUCGGUACUCACAAUUGAAUGCUUCAUAACCCGUUGUCUGGAAAAUGUCUCAAAAACACUCUCUACCUCUCGUUCGCUUUCGGGUUUCUCCAUCGAAUGAUAGAGAGCUUUGUUCAUCCCAUAUGGGAUGAACGGGGUUGUUACUACAUCAAACAUGGCUUUAAACUUACUCCAUUCGUCUUUAGUCAACUCAUUUACGCUGCUAGGAAAAUUUUUGCAACGUCGUCAUCUCUGACCGCUGGAAUGUUAGCUUCUCAAAUAUUGGGACAGUAUUGAGCGGGUGUAUGCUAUGUAUUACGUGUCCGAAACCUAAAGUAAUACUGGAUUAUCAUUGCUAGUCGGUGGAUGUAGGUACUGAUUGUUGGUAGCGUCGUCAUAAUGGUGUAUGAGAACAAAGUUUUACGAUGAUGGUCCAUGUUAUAAGUCGAAAUGUGUCGGUUUUGCAAUACAUUGUGCAAGUAACCAUUACAUAUUUGUUAACAGUAGGCUGCCAUCUAAACAUCCAUCUGAUGUUAUAAACUCUAAACAAUUUCUGCAUGGUGCUUUGAAUUCCACGAAGGUGAGACUUCCAACAAAGUCGUCAGCAUGCCAAGUUGAACUAUGGUUUACACUUUAUUGUACGCGACAGGUAGUCUCCAGAACAAUAUUGUACCCUCUCUCUUACGAUUUAUAACCCUGCCACUUGUUGUACGGACUUGUCCUGCAAUAAUUUGCGAAUACUCUACAUCUGUUGUGAGCCAUGUUUCUGUGACAAUAUCUGUGCUGGUAAUUGACUUUCCCACCAUCAAACUUAGCUCGAACGUUUUAUUUCCAAGACGACGAGCGUUUGUGUAGCUUAGUGUCUAAGGGGGGGAGGUCUCUCGAGAUCAUUGGCUCCUAAGACUUCACUACCCGUAAACUCUAAAUUCCAAUGUUGGUUUGUCCAUUUGGCGUUCGAGAUUUUAACUCAGUAAGAUCAUUCCUCCAUUUGAUUCAAUCUUAGUGAGUAAUCUGACUGGACGUAGAUGUUCGAAUUACAAUUGGUCGGUCGUUAUUUAGUAUAAUGUCUCUUUCCUCAUUAUUUCUGAGUACUAACUUUAAGAUGCUGUUCGGUCGGGUCUCGCCUCCACCCCACUUGUCGAGUUCUGUUGCUUAAAGAGUACGUACCCCAAAGGCUCGGCAGUAAAUUUUGGUUAUCAGAUUUCACUACAGAUCUUUUGAAUGCCACAUAGCAGAAUCAUUGUCAUUUGACUCCAUAUUCCAAGUAAUUUAACUAGUGACAGAUAUAACUUCUUUGAAAGUCGUGUUAAUGGCUUUCGGCUGUCGUUAUUUUUCCUUUUUCACUAACUAACGGAAUGUUUUCUUUAGUCAUUAUUGUCGUUUUAACUUUCCGUCCAAUUCAUUCAUUUACGCUACCUAAUUUGUCGUGCAAGGAUUUUGCUCUUUGCACAUCAUACAUUCGCAUUCAUCUCAUUAAAAGUGUUUAGAGUAAGUGCAUUUUCGAUGGAUAGUAGAUUCUUGGUUCUGAUAAAGCAAGACGUUUUACGAUUAUGCGUAACAAUAAUAUGGACAGGAGUUUUUUCUCUUCAAGCGUAUUGACAAUGGAAGUCUCAACCAUUCUAUCUAAAGUAAGAGCUGGGUUGAUGGCGUUAGCGACCACACUCAUAGUCUCCCCGUCCAACGUCAGGUUCUUCGAGGAGGCAUCGUCAUUUCGAAAUUUCAUCAAAAUGAGAAGUUGCAUGAAUUUAUUUAGGAGAACCACCUUAGUUAGGUAUCAUUUUUCACAACCAGGUUGAAAGUGGUUUUGAGCGAAGUUUAUACGUGGCCGGUGAUAGAUUGGCACGGACUUUAUGGGACCAUCUUUUACGACAUUUUACUGCACGUCAUCUUCAACAGAGAAGAGACAAUAGUCGAUAGCUUUGAAUGAACAUUUUAACAGGUAUGAUGAGACGAGAAAAGGUUUGAAAAAUAUAACGAAAAGUGGAAAAUAAUUACCAUUACCAGAGUAACCUGAAAUGUACCGAAACGGCAGUUAAGUCAACAUUGUCGAAAAUAUUACCGAACGUAACUCUAGGUAAUUAUGAAUAGACAGAUAUGUAUAAAAAAGACGUCAACUAGUAAAAACCGAAGUGAUCAGGGUGUAGAAAUGUAUUUCGCAAACUCACAUAUUUCUCAAGGCAGUAAAAAUAAGUUCUAAUUUAAGCUUUUGUUAUGAUUAGCGCAACGAAAGUUGAAUAUCUCAAAACGUGGAAAAAUGCACUCCUUUUUUCAACUCAAUGGAGAACUACCAAUGUAGACCAUAGAUAAUAGAGAUGACCGUUUUUUGGCAGAUGAACGACUAACAUUGUUUUUUUCUGUUGUUCUAUACUCGUAUGCUCAUUAUGACUAGGCGAUUCAUUUGUGCACUAAUUGCCAAACUGUGAUUAGUGCUGUUUACACUGAAGACUACGUAUUAAUGAAUUACUGCAAACCUUAGUUAUUACACUACAAUCCUCAUCUUUGUCUGAAUAUUCGCUACAAAUUAUCAAAUGAGUGAAUCUCAGUCGAAAGUAGCCGGAAACAACAAUCUGAACCUUUGGGUGAAAAUGCAUUGAUUUCAGUUCUAACAGCUCAGAUCAGAAAAUAUCAACGUGCCUAUUAAUGGCAAGGUUGCUAUUAUGAAGUUUUCCUGACUAAACUAAGCCAUUAAGCCAAAUUUUCUCACAAUCAUUUGUUUGACUGGCCAGUGUUAUCAAUCUUCGCACAAUAUAUAUAUAGUCGCAUUUACUUCUAUUUUUAACAGGUUUCCGAAUUAGAUUCAUCCAAUUGUUUGGUUCGUUCCUAAUGAAUCGCAAGUAAUGAAUGUCUAACGGAUAAUGGAUCUGUCUCACAUGUCGUAUGUGCUUGAUUCAUGAUUGGUUUGCUUAUGAUCAGACAUCGUGCCCGACGUGCUUUUCUUAAGAAGUUAAAAAGAAAGCGUAAACGUCAAAAAUUAGCCAAGGAAAAUAUCGAGAGGGAGAUUGAAGAGCUAAGUCGGCUCCAACUUUCUCCAUCUUAUCAAGCACAACAGGCUAAGGAGUUGGAGUUAGCCGCACUUGAAGCCAAAGAACGGUACAAUUUGAACUAUAAUAUAACUUUUUAUAGUGAGCGUAAUGAGGAACUUUGGCAAGAACGUGAGAGGGAGGCACAACGUCAGUGGGAAGAAAAUAAUCGUCAAAAAAUCCUCUUAAAGCAACACGAGGAGGAGGCUCAGCGUAAAAUUAAAGCAGAGUGGGAAAGCAAACAAAUGGAAUCCAAGAAAUUUAUUCCUGAGUCAAAAACACAGGAUGUUCAUGAACAGCAGUCUCCAGACCUUCCACCUUGGCAUCUUCCCCCACCACCCGUACCUAUCCCUCCAGUAAUUGAGCAAGUGCCAUAUGGUCCCACUGUUUCUACAGUGAUGGAAAAAUGUAGCUUUUUCCGUAAAACAGGAGCAUGUCGAUAUGGUUUUCUUUGUUCUCGUCUUCAUCAAUAUCCAAGUCCAUAUGACGAUACUAUUGAAUCGUUCAAUAUUGCUGACGAUCAAGAUGUUGGUGGCUUAGACGAACCAAUAGAUAAUUCUUGUUUAGUUUUACAAAUUCCUAAAAUGUUCACACACUAUCAUUUAGAUUUAACAAAAAAUACUGGUUCAGAGGAUCAAGAUUCUGCUCUUGAAGUAGAUGAAAGUCAGUUACUCUCAGAUUAUCAUGAAUUCUACCAUGAUGUUCGUAUGGAAUUAGAAUCUAGAUGGGGCAAAAUUUCAGUGAUUCGAACAUGUCGCAAUUUAGCUGAUCAUCUUCGUGGUGCAGUUUAUGUUGAAUUCUCAAGGGGUCCAAGUGCAGCAUGGGAUGCUGCUGAAGCUUGCAAUGGUCGUUGGUUUGCUGGACGUCAACUAACGUGUACUGUGGUUAGAUUGGGCGGUGGUUGGAGAGAGGCUAUUUGUGGUCUUUAUCAUCGAGGUAAAUGUCCUAAAGGAGACCUCCAUUGUAAUUUUCUACAUGUAUUUCUUAACCCUGGAGAAACCAGUAAUGAUUUACAAAAAACUUUAUGGCGUCAUGUAGGUCGACUUAUUAGUCCGGUGGAUAAUAAUGGUCACAGUGAUCGUGGACGUUCUUCUACAGUAAAAUCACUUUCCAACGACUCUUCAUCUCUUACCCAUCACCACCAUCAUGAUCGACGUAAAACGCGAAGACAAUCCUCUAGCUCAAUCUCUUCACAUUCACGGUCCUCUUCUCCAGUAGGGCAUCAUCAUUCAUCUCGGUCUAAAAAUAAUUAUAAAAAUUCCCGUCUAUCUGAAUAUCACAGUCAUAGAAAAUCUAAAAGAAAUAAGCAUUAUAGUAGUGGUAGCAGGAGAUCUUCUUUGAAUCGUUCACCUUCAACAUCAUCAGUUCAUAAGAAGCACAAAAAACAUAUGAAAGAAAAAUCUCACAAGAGAAUGAAAAGAGUCAAGUAACAAUAAUAAACUAUCUUUUUUA